AUGUCCGAUCACCAGAAAAUCUAUCCGGUAAGAGACGACCCGGAAGCUCCACCACCGACGCAUCCAAAUGCUCCCCUAGUUCCACGUGGCUCCUCAAGAUCGGAACACGGUGACCCCACCAAAGUUUCUCCGACGCAACCACCACCGUUGGAUCCUCCUCCGAAGCUGAAGAAGAGAAGAAGCUGUUUGUGUAGGUGCGCAUGUUACACGCUCCUCGUUCUCUUUCUCCUUAUUGUCAUCAUAGGAGCGACCGUUGGUAUACUGUACCUCGUCUUUAGACCGAAGUUACCGGAUUACAAUAUCGACCGGUUACAGCUCACCCGGUUUAAUCUUAACCAAGAUUCGAGUUUGUCCACAGCGUUUAACGUCACCAUUACCGCCAAAAAUCCCAACGAGAAAAUCGGAAUUUAUUAUGAAGACGGAAGCAGAAUUAGCGUUUUGUACAUGCAAACCAGACUUAGCAACGGAUCAUUGCCGAAAUUCUACCAAGGACAUGAGAAUACAACUAUGAUAUUGGUAGAAAUGACUGGUUUUACUCAGAAUGCAACCGGUUUGAUGACGACUUUACAAGAACAGCAGCGGUUAACUGGAACCAUACCGUUGCGGAUUAGAGUUACCCAACCGGUUAGGAUCAAACUCGGGAAGUUAAAGUUGAUGGAAGUAAAAUUCUUGGUGAGCUGUGGUGUAUCGGUUGAUAGCUUCGCUGCUAACAAUGUGAUUAGGGUUAGGAGUAGUAACUGCAAAUUCAGGUUUAGACUAUAA